UCACGCUCAUCACAUAUUCAACGUCUCACCAUCAGAGGAAAAUCACACUUGCUCACUUAAACGAAGGGAAACAGCCAACGAAUUUAACAUCAGUCGGUGGAUUAUGAAUUAAUCCCCCCCCCCCACCCCUACAUCUCUUUUGCUGCUUUUUUGUGUGUUUCAGACCCAAAAAAAGAAGAAGACGUUUUUUUUUUCAGAAGUCCUUUGGACCAAAUUACAGCUGCAUGCGGAGUCCAGCAGCUUUGGGAGCGAUGUCGUCUCUACUUUCUCACAACAAAGAUCAGCCACGCAUCAGAAAGUCGCUCUCCGACUCUUCUCCAACUUCAUCCACUGCCGCCACCAAGAGCCAGAGGCACGAGAGACUGUCGAGACUGAGCUCGUCUGGAUCCUCGGACGUCUCCAACGACACGUCGACAAACCACGCCGAGUCCUACUUCCUGCGGCGAGAGAACAGGCUGUCUGCGAGGAAACGGGCCGAAGAGGAGGCUGCAAACAACGACUAUAAGAAGAUGUAUGAAAAGGCACUGGCCACCAAUCAAAGGCUGAAGUCCAGGCUGGAAACAAGUAAACAGGAACUGGCCAUGAUUCAGGACCAGCUGCAAAGAGCACAGAAGGAUUGUGGCUCCAACAGGCUUGAGACAGAAAAAAAGGAAAGUCGGUGUCUACAAAAGAAGAUAUCAGAUAUGGAAGAACAGAUAAAGGUCAAAGGAGAGCUGAAGGUGGAAAACCAGAGACUGAAGGACGAGAAUGGAGCUUUAAUCCGGGUUAUCACGAAACUGUCCAAGUGAGACGUGAAGCGGGAAGGACGAGAAGAAGAGGGACGCAUACCAAAGACCAUCUCCAUCCCGGCAUUGUUCUCACAUUCAUCCGAUCCUCUGACAGAAUGUAUGCUCGUAGUUUUGUAAUGUUGGAAACUAACAUUUGCAGGGAUUAAGACACAUUUUACAUCAGAUGUGAAAGGGUCACGUUACCGUACUGUAUCUAACGUAGUAGCACAUUCUUUGACAGAAAAUAUAUUAAAUUAAAUUUCAUAUUGUGUACUCGUAUAACAUAUUUCUACAUAAAGGCGAACGCCAACACGACCACUG